CACCCGUGAGUGGAACCAACUGAAGGAACUGAGUGCAGUUCUUGCUCCAUUUUCUGAGGCAACAGACCUGACAGAAGGAGAGAAAUCAGUUACCAUUAUUAUGGUGGUUCCAACUGUCCUGGACUUGAAUACACACCUCCUCAAGAUGGAGGAGACCCGAAUGCAGUGCCGGCCAUUAGUUGCAGCCCUCAAGCAGUCUCUGAUGAAAAGAUUUUCUGGAAUCUUUAUAAAAAUAAACAUGGCCAAAGAGAGCGGAAGAGAGCAACCUUUUAACCACAAUGUGUACUUUUUUGCUACCAUGCUGGAUCCGCAGUUUGGCUUAAGCUGGGUGGACUUAGAUGUUACCAAUGGGGGAAAUGCAGCAUCAGUGAAGAAGUUCAGAGAAGAACUUAAGAAGACUCUGACAGACACAUUGAUCUUUGAGGUGGAGAACAUGAUGGACAGUAAAGAUGAAACGGGCUCAGAAGCCAGGAAUGUGGAUCCAGCCAGUGAUUCACCACCAGCUAAAUGUCCUCGCCUUCUGUCCCGCUACAAGGCCCACAAGAAACGCAGCUCAGUGCAGGAUUCAAGUAUUGUAACACAGAUAAGCAAAUACUUUGAUGCCGUCCGUGACUCUGAUCCUGACAAUGCACUUGUCUUCUGGGCCAAAAACCAUGCCAGAUUUCCACAACUCCACAAUUUGGCAUUGAAGGUGCUAUCAGUCCCUGCCUCCUCUGCACCAGUGGAGAGGGUUUUCAGUAGAGGAGGCAUUAUAAUGAGACCCCAUCGUGCACGUUUAGGUCACAGAAUGUUGCAAUCUCUCAUGUUUUUAAAAUGCAACCAAACUUUACUUUAAAGUGAUUUCUACUGAUUUAACUUUAAAGGUGUGCAACUACUACUUUAUUGCAACCACUGUGCAACUAUAUGGUUAUCCUGUCAUGUCCUGGGCCUGUGGCCCAGUGUUUUGUUCCUUUUUGUGAAAUUCUGUUUUGUUGUAUUUUGUAGUUAUGUUGUCUUAGAUUUCCUUUCAGUUUAGAUCCUCAGUUUGUUAUUGUUUGGGUAUUCUGUUAUUAGUUAUUUGUAUAUUAUUCUGGUUCCCCUUUGUUCUGGUCUUUCCAUGUUUGUAUCUGUUUUGUCCCCGUGUCUUGGCUCUUCUCUGUGUUUAGUUCCCUUCCCAUUGUUUUCUUGUGUGUGUGGUGUUUAGGUUCCCUCUCCCAUAGCUUUAGAGUUUAGUUCUCCCUAUGUUUUCCCUUAGUGUCCCAUCCUUGUCUUGUCUCUGUCUUCCCCGUGUUGUCAGCCUGUGUUCAAGUAGGUGUCUCUUUAGUCAUAUGUUUAGAUUCUGUCUGUGUCAGGUUUCCGUGCGUUAAGCCUGCAUGUCUGUCAUGGUUAGUCACUUGCUGUUUUAUUUUCACAGUCUCGUGUUCCUUGUGCUUUGUGUUCAGUUUUGGCUCCCCUGUGUAAUUAUGUUCAGCUGUGCCCCUCACCCAUUGUUACACUCCUCAUUAGCCCUGGUGUAUUUAUUGUCUGAUUUUGUCUUUGUCAGGUCCUUGUCAGUGUAGCCAUCCAUGUUGGCUUGCCUGCUGUGUGUUUUCAAAACACUGUUUUGGUUUCUAGUUUCAAGUUUUUUCAUAUAGCUGGCCCCUAACCAACCUAGUCUUGUUACAUGUGUACAAUAAA